CCCCCAACAGGGCCCGGUCGGGACUGAAGGCUCCCCGGGAGAAGUUGAGCACGCUCGGGAGCCCCUGAGACCUGCUCCUUGAGGGCCACGGAACUGCUUCUGCCGUCUGCCUUUGGCGAUCAUCUUUAACCCCCGGAGCACGUCAGCAUCCAGCCCACCGCGGCGCUCUGCCGGCCGCCCUGGACUCGGGAUUCUGCGAGCCGGAUGGAACCCGAGCCCCUCCGAGGACCGGCCCCAGAAGUUCUGGCUCCAGUCACCACCGCGAACCAGGGUGGGUCAAUACCUUUUCUUCACCCCAAAUGCCUUUUCUUCUGCGGUAUUUUUUGAGCUGGACCUCGUCCCUAAGAGUCUACACACGUAGUCCUCCCACCGCUCCGAGGCGUAGGACCCUAAAGAAUGGCCGAGCCUUGGGGGAACGAGUUGGCGUCCGCAGCUGCCAGGGGGGACCUAGAGCAACUUACUAGUUUGUUGCAAAAUAAUGUAAACGUCAAUGCCCAAAAUGGAUUUGGAAGAACUGCGCUACAGGUAAUGAAACUUGGAAAUCCUGAGAUUGCCAGGAGACUACUACUAAAAGGUGCUAAUCCCAAUUUGAAAGACGGAACUGGUUUUGCUGUCAUUCAUGAUGCAGCCAGGGCAGGUUUCCUGGACACUUUACAGACUUUACUGGAGUUUCAAGCUGAUGUUAACAUCGAGGAUAAUGAAGGGAACCUGCCCUUGCACUUGGCUGCCAAAGAAGGCCACCUCCCAGUGGUGGAGUUCCUUGUGAAGCACACAGCCAGCCAUGUGGGGCACCGGAAUCAUAAAGGAGAUACCGCUUUUGACUUGGCCAGGCUCUAUGGGAGGAACGAGGUCAUUAGCCUGAUGGAGGCAAAUGGGGUGGGGGGAGCCACAAAUCUGCAAUGAAUGUGAGGAGAGCUUUUGCACAUUACUUCUAUUGUGUCAGUUAAUUGAUUGCCUGUCCUAUUUUUAACAUCAUUUGUUAAAAUAUAUAGUUCUUCAUACUUUAAGAAGCUAGUUAAAUCUUUGAAACUAUAUAAGUGGAACUUUUACUAGAGUCUUAAUGAGUAUAUUUAAGCAGUAUCUUUUUCACUUGCAAAACCCUUAUUUCUAACAUGUAAUUGCAAAUAAGUGUUGGCUUUCUUCUGAAUAUUUUAUUUUUCCUUAACUUUUUCCUUGCUUAUCCUUUUGCCAGUCUUGAUCUCCCUGAAUGGCAGAAAUGUAAAAUUACACAAUGUUUAAGUAUUAAAGUAAAAUACAAGCACCAGUUUGGGGGGAACAAAGACAUUUAGCCAGAAAACUGUAUAAAUUACAUAUAAAGGUCAUAACUAUUUUAGAGUUUUUGAAAUAAUAAAUGUAGAAACUUUUGCAAUAAAUAAAUAAGUCACUCCUCCAUA